CAAGAUGGCGGCCGCCGGUGGAGAGCCUUCGACCGUUAAUGUGUCGGAUGAAUUAUUUCAAAACUUUUACACGGAGGUGAAGCAGAUUGAGAAGAGAGACUCUGUGUUAACCUCCAAGCAGCAAAUUGACAGAUUACUCAGACCUGGAUCGUCCUACUUCAAUCUCAAUCCCUUUGAGGUGCUGCAAAUUGAUCCCGAGGCAACAGAUGACGAAUUAAAGAAAAGAUUUCGGGCGUUGUCCAUCUUGGUUCAUCCGGACAAAAAUCAGGAUGAUCCCGACAGAGCACAGAAAGCCUUUGAAGCUGUGGACAAGGCAUACAAACUCCUUCUGGAACCAGAACAAAGGAAGAGAGCCUUAGAUGUGAUCCAUGCAGGACAGGAAUAUGUGGAGCAUAUCGUUAAGGAGAAAAGGAAACAGCUAAAGAAGGAUGGGAAGCCGCAGUAUGUGGAGGAGGAUGACCCUGAAGUGGUAAGUAAAACUUAUAGAAAAACUAACUGGGCCAGGACUAAAAGAAACAAAAAAAAGCUAAUCAUAAACUACAACAUACUAUACUAUGAUGUGUUUGUGCCAUUUGGACAACACAAUAUACUAUGA